CUGUAAUCCAGUCCAUUCAAAAGUUGUUUUAAACCAUCACUUGGCCUGUCUAAAUUCAUUUCCUUGUAACACAAUGCAUCCUACUUCCAUCUUUUCAAUCACUGCGUCCUUUGUCUUUUUAACUUUAUCGUCUGCUAUCAAUGCUGCCGUUCCUAUAGCCACCGAUUAUCCUGCUCCAGAUGUACUCGCUCCUGCCAAUGCUACUUGGUCUAACACUAUUUUAAAGGACAUUCCUAACAUUCCUGUCAAUGCUUUGGGACUUCCUACGCCAAACUGGUCUGCAGAUAUCGUUACUUGCCCAAGUGCUAAUAUGUGGGGACUUUCGUAUGACGAUGGGCCUGGUCCUUACACUGAUAAUCUACUUUCAGUGUUAGCCGCUAAAAAGGUUAAAGCUACCUUCUUUAUUGUUGGAUCUCGAGUGCUUCAAUAUUCCGAUGUUUUGCUUCGCACAUACCAAGCUGGCCACCAUAUUGCUUUACAUACUUGGUCACACAGAAAUUCCACUGCUGUCACUAAUGAACAGUUUGUCGCUGAAAUUAUUUACAAUGCUCGAAUUAUCAAGGACGUAAUCGGCGUUACUCCUCGUUUUUUCCGUCCACCUUUUGGUGAUAUUGACGAACGCAUUCGUAAAAUUCUUCACAACUUGGGUCUUAUCAUUGUUGAAUGGAAUGUGGAUUCAGCCGAUGCUGCCGGAGCUAAGGAUGUUGCAGUAAAGUUUGGUGCCAAAGCUAAUGCUGGAAGCUCUCCUGUCAUCUCCCUUGAACACGAUCUGUUUGCUACCACUGAACCACAAGCUGGUCCAGCUCUUGAUGCUAUUCUUGCUGGAACGGGUAAAUAUAAGCCAAUGCCCAUCGAUGAAUGCCUUGGCUAUGCUGCUUACGAUGAAGGCUUUUGGGAUCGCGUAGCUGGAAAGGGACUUCCACCUAUUAACCUCGUUUCUGGCAGUUCCCCAAGCGCUAAUUCCACAUCCACCAGCUCAACUGGAUCUGCUGGAUCUACUACUGGUUCACAUAAAUCAUUCAGUUUGCGAUCAGUGGAGUCGGCUUGGACAGUAAUGACUAUUGUUGGCACCGUUGCCCUUGUUGGUGGCAUCUUUAUCUUUUAAAUCUAAUCUUGAAAACCUGCUUUAUGUUGGAAUCAACACUGCUUGCUUAUUCAAGUCACAGUCCUUUAUUUUUAAAAUAAAUGUUUGACAACUUUAUGACAUAGU